CACUGAGGACCUUCAAUCUGAGGUUUUUGCCAUGGGUGCCACGAGACUCUACUUCCUGCUCUUCAGCCUCUACUCAGCGCAUGCCUCUUCUUUGAGAAAACUUAACGAUAUUGACAACCUGAAAAAUGCUGAUUAUGGCAAUUCUCCUCCACAUCAUGGACUCCAGUUAUUGUUCUGGUUUGCACAAAAAGUCCUGGAUGUCGAUGAAAACAAUAGUCUUAUGCUUGAUUCGAAUUUUGAUCCUCAUAGAGGAGAUUUUGGAUUCCAACUGUAUGAAAAUAGAGAGGGUGUUCUCCCCUCAUUGAGCUCAUUGAGACAGAGCUACUAUUCGGUUGGCAAUCUAAGUUAUCCUGCAGCCAAUGCAUUGCCAUCCUAUGUGCGGAGGUAUUAUAAGAACACCAAUGUGCCAGAAAGAAACAUGGACAGGCUCAUUGUCUCUGUGGAUGAAAACAGGCCAAACAGGAUGUUUAAGGUGUUCAUUACAACACAGAACCAAGGCAAGAAUGACUUUAAUCCAUCUGAGACAUAUGAAAUUGAUUCUGCACUGAUUUUAUUGAUCAGACACACUCUUGAUUGCAAAUUACAUGAAAAACCAAACAAAAUAUAUUACACUUACAAAAUAUCACAAUAUACAGAAGACAUGGAAGAUGAGAGAUGCAGCCAGUUUUUGAAACAAAUAGGAUAUAACAGCAUUGACUGUAUACCCAUCAUCCAUCGAAAGAAACGCUCACUCAAUUCCAAAUGUAAUACAUUUGAGGGAAUAAAACUAGUGAUAAAAGCAACGAAACAAGGUUCUGCAAAACUCACAUGGAAGAUGCCUGCUGACAUAAUGAGAAAAAAAAGAUACGUUAACGUACACAUUGAUACUUGGCAAAACUCUCAUUCCAGUGAUAGAAAUAAAAAGUUCACUCUUUAUGACUUUUCUGGGGAUUUAGAGACUUCUGUCUCACUGAAUGCUGGUCUCCAACCCCGACUGCAACUUUUCAAUUCUUUUGGUAAACUAGUCACUUGGUAUGGACCAGAGUUUGAUGGAGCUAAUAGAGUGAUCCCCACAAGAAUAAAGGGGUUUGACGCUAGUCUGCAGCUCCACACUGUAGACGGAAAAGCCUGCGCUCGACUCUACAUCAAGAAAACCUUCAGCAACUGGAAAGAUGUUCUUUACUACUCAUGGGUGGGGUUCUACAAAAGUUCGCAACAUGAACAUAAUGACUAUUUCACCUAUCAGUAUGCUGUGAACUUUGAAGAAGUUCAAGGUCAUAACACAAAGAAGUAUGAAAUUUAUCAGUACAAGUCAAAUAUGGCCAUUGCUCCUGGCGUGCAAAUCCGCUUGCUGAUGAAGAAAAAUUAUAACAAUAUUUUAGCACAUACUAGCUCCUGGGAGGAUGAUAAAGAAAUGACGAUAUCACCAUCAAAAAUCUGCAAAUCUAUUCCUGGUCAUAAGCCUGAACUGCCAUUACCCUGGUCUGAGCCAGAAUACUUUUAUGGACCAGAGUUUUAUGAUGCCAACAAAGAGUUCCCUACUGCAAUAUCAGAUUUUGAUGCUAGUCUUCAGCUCUUUACUGAGGAUGGUAAAGCUUGUGCUAAGCUGUACAUCAAAAACACUUUCUGUGAAUGGGAAGAUGCCUUCUACUAUUCAUGGGUUGGGUUUUACAAAAGUUCAGAAGAUGGAAAUGGUGACUAUUCCACCUAUCAAUAUGCUGUGAAGUUUGAAAAGAUCGAAGCCAAGAGCACAAAGGAUUAUGAUAUCUACCAGUAUAAGUCAAAAUUGGUCAUUGCUCCUGGCGUUCAAAUCCGCUUCCUGCUGGACAAAUAUUCUGACAAAGUUUUAGCAAAAACUAAACCCUGGUAGGGCGCUGAAGAGCCACAAUAUUACCAUCAGAUUGUGGCACACAGAAUCUUGAUCUUCAACCUGAAUUCUAAUUAUUUUCACUGUGCUCUUUUAAAAUAUAUAACACAUAUGAACUAACAUUUGUAACAAUCUGCUGCCAAUAUCCUGAUAUGCAUGACAAUUAACACAUUGUUCUAAUAAACAUAGCAUGUGUGGUUAAUCAAAGAUUUCUCUAUGACAUCUCAAUUUGUUUUCAAUAAAGGAUUUAUAUUAAUAUAAAAAAGAUAAAAUUGUGUUAAUCACAUUCACAUGUAAAUCAUAAUAAUCAAAAUAUACUAAGAAAUACUGAAUUUAUAUACAAUGUAUCCAUAAUAUGAAAUUGCUCAGCUCUGCUUGUUUUAUACAAAUUGCUAUUAAAAUCUAUUACAAUGCAUUUGAUGAAAGUGAUCUGUGUCUGUCUUUUUGAUAUACAAAAUUAGCAAACCAGAAGAAAUUCAUGUCAUUCUAAAUUUUGGGAACAUUUAUC